UUCCGGUUUGCUACCAUUCGAGAUCUAAGAUGGCGGACCGGCGGCGAAGGAGGAGGCGCGCGUCCCAGGACAGCGAGGACGACGACGAGUCCGGUUCUGGUUCGGACAGCGGGAGGUCCGGGUCCCCGACGGCGGCCAAGAGCCGCGUGAGGGAUCCCGAACCGCCGGAGGUGACGCCGGCCCGGGUCGAGCCCAAAGUCGAGGCGGAGUCUGAGUGUGAGAGUGAAGAUGGAGUCGGAGAAGCUGUGCUCUCUGACUACGACAGCGCCGACCCAGAAGAGAAUGGAUCGCAUUCAGAGGGAGCCGAGGAGGAAGAGGAGGCCGAGCAGUACAGCGAUGAAGAGGCGCCGGCCGGCGAGGCCAAGCCGCUCGCUGCUGAGGGCCCGGCUGAGGGGGGGGAGGCGGAGCAGAAGCUGGUGGAAGUAGCCGUAGUGGAGGAGGGUGAAGAAGAAAAGGAGAAGGAUGAAGGGGAAGAAAAGGAUGAUGAAGAGGAGGAGGAGGAGGAAGAGGGUGAAGAAAAGGAAGAAGGAGGUAAAGAGGAGAAAAGAGCAGAGGACAAAGAGAACCUGGCUGGCGAGAGACAGAGCGGAGACGGACAGGAGUCCACCGACGACCCUGAGACGAAGGCGGGGGGGAAACCCGGUCAGAAGCUGGAUGAUGACGAGGACCGGAAGAACCCGGCGUACAUCCCGAGGAAGGGUCUGUUCUUUGAGCACGACGUGAGAGGCCACGCCCAGGAGGAGGAGAGGCCCAAAGGUAGAAACAGGAAGCUGUGGAAGGACGAGGGGCGCUGGGAGCACGACCGCUUCAGGGAGGAGGAGCAGGCGCCCAAGAGCCGCGGGGAGCUCGUCGCCAUCUACGGCUACGACAUCCGCAACGGGGGGGGCACGGCGGAGCGGCCGUACCGACAGCGCAGGCCGAGACAGAGUUUGUCUCCCAGCAGAGACAAGCGGUGGAGAGACGGAGGAGGGGACGGACCGGUUCGGACCUGGCACAGCGGAGGAGGAGGAGGAGGAGGAGGCCUGAAUCGAGGCGGAGCUCCGCCCAUGUCUAGCCACGCCCCCUCUACCCCCCUCGCCUCCCUCCCCCAGCGUAGUAGCAACCCCUCCAGACCGCCGCCAUCCCGCAGCAGACCGUCCCACCCCCUCCCGCCUCAGUAUAGGAAUAAUGAAUCCAACGCCCCCCAGAUGCCCCCCAGGGAACGACAGGGCCCUAAAGCUCCCUACGACCCCUCGGGAGACCGGGGCCUGGUGAUCAGGGGGGGCCGCGGGGGGGUGAGAAGCUCCUCCGUGGUCAUCGAGGACAUAGCGGACGGCGAUCAGGCCGCGGGCGCCGUGACCCCGUCUCCAUCGGCUGGGUACCAGCCUGCGUUACCGCGGCGACAGCAGCAGGAACAGAGAGGGGGCGGCGCCGACAGAUCUGUGUCGGGAUUGGCCGACGCGCAGCCGACCACUCGGGAGGCCUCUCCCCCCGCCGAGCGGCCCCCGGAGCGCAAGUCCUACGCUCUGGCUCGCAGGACUCGCUCUCGACCCGCCGACCUGGGCAGCAAGCAGCCGUCGGUGGAGGAGUCCGCCGCCACCCCCCCCAGCGGGGCGGGGGGGAAAAGCUGGGCGGGAGACGAGCCGGGUCAGGAAGGGAGGGGCGGAGCGGCGGUGACGGAGCUGGACCAGGACGUAGCGCGUCUCAGUCUGACGGGACAAAGCUGGAGUCAGAGUCCCGCCUCCUACUUCCGCUCUGAGAUGAGAGGCCUCCCCAGCACCAUCCACAUCCCCAGCAGCCCCCCCCAGUUCCCCAGCAUGGAGGAGAUGGGCGUCGCCUCCAACCGGGCCAAACGCUACUCGUCCCAACGCCAGAGAGCCGCACCGGAGCCGCCGCCCCCGCCCCCCCCCAUGCACCUCGGGGUGAUGGAGGGGCACUACUAUGAGCCCAUGUCGUAUCAAGGACCAAUCUACGCCCACGGAGAAGGCCCUGCCCCUAUCCCGCCGCAAGGCAUGCUGGUCCAGCCUGAGAUGCACCUGCCCCACCCUGGUCUCCAUCCGCACCAAUCAGGGGGCCCGAUUGCUAACCCCGCCCUCUAUGGGGGCCCGCCCGUCUCCCUGUCACCGGGGCAACCACAACAGCUGCUGCCGCCACCGUUCUACCCUCCGCCGGGGGUCAUGACCUUCCCGUACCCGACGAUGUACCCGACCCCUCAGGCUCAGGCCCAGGUGACCUACGGAGGGGUCACCUACUACGACACCAUGCAGCAGCAGGCUCAGCCCAAACCAUCGCCCCCCCGACGCACCUCGCAGCCCGUCACUGUCAAGCCCCCCCCGCCGGAGCUGCACUUUGCUUCAGAGUGACCCCCCCCCCCCCCCUCCCCCACCACCGCCAACCCAGACUCCGCCUCACCCCAAACCGACGCCUACAGUGACGGGAGGGUCGGCGAGGAGCACCACGGGCCUCACUGGUGGAACUGGGCUGUGUCCCAGAACCUUUAGAGGAAUCAAAGUCCGGAGCAACGCGGUUGUUGGUUUCUUUGUUGUUUCUUCUCACUUUUCUUAAUUUGUAUCGUUUAAAGAGUAAAAAGACAAAUCUAAGGAAACAGAGUUUAUCUUCAUUCAGAGAAUCAGUCCGAAACAAAAUGUUUAUAAAAGCUGGACCGUUUGUCCUCCUGAUAAUUUACUUAAAUCUUUCAUUUAGAUUUUACCUUUUUUUACAACCUGAAAGUUGCUCAAACGUAUGUCUGUCAAAUCUUUAGGUAAAUUCAUCUGUAAAUACGUUUAAAUGUGUAAAUAGAGGAAACGAGUACUAAUAAUAACCAGAUGUGAUUCUAAACACAUCUGCAGGAUCUUGAAUGUUAAAAUGCAGACUUCUCAUUUAGCUUUAAUUUGUCUAUUUCCUUUUUCAUGCUCAGUUUAUCGUCUUAUUUGUUUUCAAGCACCAAACUCGUCAUUGUUUGAAGGCUAAUAAAAUGCAUCUUUCACUGUU